UGGGCUGUAGGCUGAAAUCUUUGGGCUGGGCAAGGUCUCAAGCAAGCACGUCGGGGAAUUAGUUUUCGAUAUCAUGGCACUGUCGUCCAGUUCUUACAAGUAUGUGCUUGGCAUGGACUUUGGAACAACUUCAAUCAAGGUGGUUUUGAUUGACACUCAGUCAAAAGAAAUAACGGACAGCUACACUCUGCCAACGAAGGCAGACUCCAGCAACACAGUCGAACACGCCAAGGAGCAGGAUCCUGAGCGAAUAAUAGACACUCUAAAUCAGUGCAUUGCUGCUUUACCAAGAGACAAACUUCAAAACGUCACCAAGAUUGGGGUCUCUGGGCAAAUGCAUGGGGUCAUGUUUUGGAAAGCAGGAACAGGCUGUAGCUGGGGAACAAGAGAUGCUGUUCAUAUGUUCUGGCCCAGUGAGACGAGUCAGCUGAUGACGUGGCAGGAUGGGCGAUGCAGCAGUGACUUCCUGUCUACCCUGCCGCAGCCCAAUUCUCACCUUAGCGUGGCAACUGGCUUCGGCUGUGCCACCAUCUUCUGGCAUCUCAGGCACAGGCCUGAGUUUUUAGCUGAAUUCACCUCAGCAGGAACUAUCCAUGACUACGUGGUUGCUAUGCUGUGUGGCUUGGACAAGUGCCUCAUGUCCACCCAGAAUGCUGCUAGCUGGGGAUACUUCAACACCAGGUCCCACCAAUGGAACUUGGACAUUCUGGAAGAUUCUGGCUUCCCUGUGCAUCUUCUCCCUGAUCCAGUGCAGUCUGGCUGCUAUGCAGGGCUGAGCUGCGCUGAAUGGCAUGGGAUCCCCCUGCAGACCCCCGUGGCAGCAGCCCUGGGCGACUUCCAGUGUUCUGUGUACUCCUGCAUGACAGACAGGACAAGUGCAGUUUUGAACGUCAGCACCUCGGCCCAGUUGACCUAUGCCAUGCCAGCCGGCUUUGAGCCCCCUACCACCCCGGACCCCUCCUCCCCUGUUUCCUACUUCCCUUAUUUUGAUGGCACUUACCUUGCUGUAGCAGCUUCGCUCAAUGGGGGAAACGUAAUGGCUACCUUUGUGGAAAUGCUGACUUCCUGGAUGAAAGAAUUAGGAACGGAUGUGGAUGACAGUACUAUCUACUCCCGGCUGAUCAAAGCUGCUUUGGAUCAGGAAAGCAGUGACCUGACAGUGAGCCCAACAAUUUUCGGGGAAAGACACAACACCAGCUCCUUGGGUCAAGUGUGCAACAUCUCUGUCUCCAACAUCUCUGUCGGUCAGGUGACCAGGGCCUUAUGUCGGGGAAUCAUGGACAAUCUGGCUUCCAUGCUGCCCCCAGAGGCCCUUCUGGAGUCGGGGGUAACGCAGAUAAUGGGAAGUGGGAGUGCACUCUCCCGAAACGAGGUGCUUCGACAGGAAGCAGAGAGGGCAUUUCCCCUGCCUGUGCUGUUUGGGAAAGAUGUAGAUUCAGCCGUCGGUGCUGCCAUGAUUGUGAUCGACAGAAGCUGAAACGUAAGUUUGACCAUGUUUACCAAGGGAGAAAGUUCCCCCUGCAUCCAUGGUGUAGGUGAUGGUACUUUUGAACGGAAAUAUUCUUAAUAUUUAUGGUUGAUUUCAUUUGCACAUUCCAAUUAAAGCCCAUAUACUUACAAUGAUAUAAUUUAUAAUGAACAAACAAUCAUACUGUAUGUCUUAAACCGGAAUUAAUCCAGUCCACUGAAUGGGCCUCAUUCACAAAGCUUUUUAUGAAUUCUUACUUUUGUUCUUUAUGAAAGUCUCUCAGAAAAACCCAGCGUGGGAUUCAUGAAACAAAUGCAGACCUUCGAUUUUGUGCAUAUGUUCCUAGUCCAGAAGAUGACUGCCGGCAAAUGCAUCUGCUUGGUCCCUAAAGUUGCACUCUCUCCCUAAGAGACAAUUAUCCAGUUAAUCCAAACGCAGCCAUUACUGAGUUCAGUUGAAUUCCACUGUGUGCAUGCGGGUGUUUAAAUAUCUUCAUCAAUCAUCAUCAUCAGUCACUUGUAUCUAUAAACUAAAUUAAUUACGUGUAUUCCCGACCAGCUUUUUAUGACAAACUAAAACUAAGACAAAAACAAGGUGUGCAAAACAGUAAUAAAACAAAAAAUAAAAACAAAAACGAGUUUAUGAAAAAACUAAAACUGAACUAAAAUAAGCAAACUCAUUCUUAACAUUGACUGAGACGAGUGGAACAUUAGAUUCAGAUAAGUUAAUAUAGUUAAAAUCAAUAGCCUAUGUAAUAUUAAAAAACUUUUAUAUUAUUUUAUUUACUUUUUAUUAUGAACCAUGUACAAAAAGGGGGCAGGUACUCAUAUGCAAGAAAUUCAGAGAAAGGAUAGAAAAUAUAUAUUUCAAUAAAUAAUCUACAAAAUAGUAAGUAAGUUAAGUAAGUUAAGAAGCAUGUCAAUGCCAAUGCCAGUCCAGCUGCAGUCUCCCAGAGUUGCAUUAGAUGACCUGUACUAUUACAUCCAUCCAUCCAGUUUCUAAACCACCAACCUGGUCAGGGUCAUGGGGGGUGGUGGGGAGGGUAGCCUAUUCAUGCAUACAGUGGGCGAAAGGCACCUGGACAAAUCGUUAAUCCAUUGCAGGGCUCACACACCAUUCACUCAGACACACAAUUUGAAGACUCCAGUUACCCUCCUGCAUGUCCCCAGUACCCAGCAGAAACGCAAGCAGACAGAGAGACAGACUGGGUAGAACAUGCACACUCCACACAGAGGGUGUCCUCAGUUGGGAUUAAAGACCAAAUCUGUACAGUACAUGUAUGUGAAUGAGGCCCAGUGUGUAUAAAAUGACAAUACUACCUUUUUAAAUACUUUUAAUUGCAUCAUGGCUGCUGUAUAAGUCUAACACUAAUGUGUCUACUUAUAAAUGUUAAGGAGCUGAGAAUGGUGUAUUGUAAGGUGUUUUAACAUGGACCAAUGCAACUCAGGUAAAGAUUCUUGAAAAUUUUGUCUAAUGGCAAAAAAAAUUUAUACUCACCAUAAUUACUUGCGACUCAAUGAAUUUAAAGAACCUUUGUGGAUUCUAAAUAUGGAUGGUGGAAAUUGCCUCAGUUUUAAUAUACUUGAGAUUUCUGAAAGAGAAAAUUUGCUAUUCUGUAUAAGUGCAAAAGUAUACACCUAUGGUAUAUUCUAUGAGUGUUUGCUAUUGUAUUGAGGCUGUGAAAAGUCACAAAUGUCAACAUUCCACUUGUGUUCCAGUAAAUGACUACAAUAUUUAUUAAUUAUUCAAUUAAAAGUGUGAAUCAUAGAUUUUAUGUUCAUUAGGGGAAUUAGUUCUUCCUGCACUUGCAGGAUAUUUGACCACAUUUUGCAAGCAAUGUAUAACUCUUUAGAAAGAUUUACCAUGAACCAGUAUGAUAAUUGCUUUGUGUAAAGUAUGCUUACUCUUUGUGAUUAAUAUUUAAUUUUCAUUGUGGAAUUAUCUUGUAGCCCAUGUCUUAAAAUGGAGUAUUAUAAUUUAUGCAUAGUUUUAAGAAAUGAAACAUUUUAUCUGUAAUAUUAUCACAAGCCUUUUGUCAUGUAUAGUAUUCCGUAGUCAUUGAAUUGAAUAAAAAAUUUAAGAUCUUAAUAUUUUAAA